UUAUUUUAACACAUGUUUCUUGAUUUCUCUCCCCUGCUAUUUUCACUUUCCAAACUUAAAUUUUUCGUAUAUUUCACAAUAAUUCACGCAGAAAAGUAUUUGAUGCCAGAAAGAGAGUUAUUUGGUGGUGCCUUUUCAGCAUUUCUACCUGAUGGAGCUAAAGAUGUCAGUGACUUCAGACAGAUUCCAGACAAUCAAGAAGUAUUUACACAUGCUGAAACUGACCAAAGUGUAAUAAUAGAGAUUAUGGAACAUGUGGAAGGUGGAGAUGAUGUAGCCAUUAAAACCCAUUUUGAAGACUUAGCCCAAGGCAAUGAUGUAUCACCACAAGAUAGUGAGAUAACACAUACAGAACAGAUAUCAGAUGACAAGUUGUCCAGUGAACAUUUUGAUAGUGCCUGGUACAUCUUAGGACAACAGGAUGUAGCCAAGUUUAAUGAGGCGGCAAAGAACACUAUCAGCAUCCACAUGGGCCUGAUCAGAUUAUCAGAGUUUGAAUCAGAUAUCCUGAUAACAUUUAAUGAUCCUGUCAAUAUAGACCCAUCUAGUAGUAGUCACCAUGCUGUACCUACACACUGUAUCAGAUGGUCUGUAGAAGAUUUUAAACAGAUGCUGAUGUCAUUCAAACUUCAUGAUUCAGGAAUAUUUGGUGUAUAAUGACAGCUGAUAUGAUAUAUUAUCCAACCCCCAUGGAUAAUAAAUAGUUCAUAAACAUCAAUAGGAAUUGUAAUAUCAUAUGACAGAUUAUUUGGUGGGUGUGAAAUUUUAGCAAUUUUAAGCCAUUGUUGUGGGUUUUGCAGGAAACAAUUGCUAGCGUGAAUUUAAAUUUAGUAUAAAAAUUGGCAUAUUAAAAAAGAAUGCUAACUUUACCAAAAUUUGCACCCUGCCAAGAUAAUCUGUGAUGCGGUAGCAUGUAGAUGCUUUAAUUUGAAAUGUAAAGGGCCAUUCCAGAAAAAUGACCAUACAGGGAAAGGGAGGGUCAGGAGUACUUUACAAAAAUAUUACGAUAAUUGGUAGAAUUAUAGGGACUGAAAUAAUCUGGGGAAAAAAUCCCAAGUUCAGGUGUAAAAAAUGUGCCGCUCAACUAAUUCAGUAUUUAUUUCUGGAAUAGCUCUAGGUAUACAAUGUUAUAUUAAGAAUUAAGGAAUUUUUGUCAAAUCUUGAAUCAUCUUACAUUCUUAGCUUAUUUGUCUGACUACAAUAUUUUGAAUGGCGAAAAGCACAAAUGAUUAAUGAAUAUGUCAUAAAGAUCAUCAUACAUUAUGACUUCUCUUUAUAGAGUUAUCUCCCCUUAUACUUUUACAUGUUCAUUUAGAAAUUGAUGUCCUUAUUAAAUGUUUAUUUACUAGUAAAUGAUUGUAUUAUAGUUAAAAAAGUAGAUCUUAUUUUGAAAGUUGAUGAACAAAUGAAAAUCAGUAUCAAACAAUUUUUGAAUGCAAAGUUUAUUUAACAUUAACAUGAACAUGAUAUGUGUUACAGAUUUAAAUUAAAAAGUCAUAAGGGACCAAUUUGUGUAUUAAAUGUGAAACUAAACAUUAGAGUCAAAAUUAGAUACACUAUGAGUAUGAAAUGUAUCACAUUUUUUUGUAUAAACCUAUUUACAAAAAUGUACUUGUAUCAAGAGCCUCUCAUAUUACUUUAUUUUUUUUGGUUAAAAAAUAAAUGAUUUUUUUGAUUGAAUGUCUAAAUCCAGCUGUUUUUAUACUGGUACCUAUUUGCACUGUAAAAUUGUAUUGAUUGUAUAA